AUGAAAGUUUUGCCAGUUCUUCUUCUAGGCACCCUGUCUCUUCUAGAUCCAGUAACCGCUUCUUCUAAACUAGACCAAGAUGGUGUAGUUCGAAGGUAUACUAAUGAAACCUCAUCGUCGCAUAUAACUUCUUCUACCAUAUUAUCAAAAGGGUCUCCGACCACCACACUCAUUUCAUCUAGCACAUUGCAGAUCUCUUGUACGGCAACAGUCACUUCAACAAGUGGCCAGCCCUUAAUAGCUGCAAGAGAAGCUUGUCCUACCACUGUCACUAUCGUUCAUACACCCACGUCACUUCCACAUACUAAUAAAGCUGUCGUUGAGGCAAGUACUUCUGAAAAGGCUACCGUUGCAACCUCAGCCGAGUCAUCCAUAUUGAAAGAAUCGGUACACACUACCAUCUCCAACACAGAUCUUAAGUCGAGCCCUACUGGUUCCCACUCAGCCUCUUUAUCACUCCAGUCUUCGAAAACUUCCGUUGAAGCUUCCGAUAAAUUUUCAAAUACUGCUAUCGCUUCUAGUACUAGCACCUCAAAGUCAACUGAGCCAAUAAGUUUAGUGACAUCAAAAACACUCAGUAAUCCAACCCAGCCCUCAAGUGUCUCUACCGCAUCUACUGCUUCGCACUCAAGUGUAGUUGGUGAAUCUUCAUUAUCAAAGACAUCUGAGUUGUCUUCGAAACCGCUUUCUUCGACGACUUUAUCUGGUGGCACGACAACAACGCAAGCUUUCACACUGACAGUACCGUCAGCUGAAUCGACAAAACUCCUUGCAUCUUCAAACACAAUCAGCUCAUCUGCCUCGUCAGCGCAUACUGAUAUAUCAAAGUCUGAGCCUUCAUUUAUCUCUAAUACAUCCAAGUCUACCGAUUCUUUAUCCUCAAAUCUCAUUUCUACCACCAAGAGCGAGUCUAUCGCAUCCAGGACUUCCAAUUCUGCUUCAUCUACGACUGUCUUCUCGACAUCUUCUGGAACAAUAGUCCCCCAGCCAACUGUUUCAGCUUCUACUGUUCCAAAUUCAAAAUCUAGUUCUGAUGCCAAUUUGGUAUCUUCAAGUGGAUCACCAAGGACAUUGACGUCAAAAACAUCCGAAUCUUCUGUUCAGUCAACACAUGAGUCCAAGUCUGAAGCUAGCUUGACCCAAUCUUCAAUAACUACAUCUACCUCUCUUUCAAGAGCAUCUGAGACUUCUAUUCAAUCGACACGUGAGUCGGAAUCGGAGAUUGGCUUGGAGUCUUCAAAGGUAUCGUCAAACAUUUUGACGUCCAAGACACCUAAGCCUUCCUCUGUUCAAACAACACGCGAAGUCAAAUCGGAAUCCAGUUUAACAUCUGCGCAAGUUUCUACGACUGCUGUCUUGACCUCCAAAACAUCAGGGUCGUCUAUUCAAACAAUACGUGAGAGCAAGUCAGAGUCAAACCUAUCCCUCUCGGCAAAUUCAUCGGUUUUCUCAACUUCUACAAAUUCAAAGACGUCUUCUGCUCAAACAACACAAGAAAGCAAAUCAGAACUAAGCAAAUCUGGUUCAUCGGCUUCAUCAGUUCUAGGCCUCUCAACCUCGAAAGCGUCUGGGGUACCGACUCAAACUCAAAAUCAAUCGACUGAAGAAUCAAAAUCCAGUUUUUCUACUACUGUAGCUCAAUCAAGUGUAGUAACGUCAAAGACUCAAACUCAGACUACUCAAACUACUCAAGAGUCAUCUUCGGGAAAGCAGUCGAGUACUCACAGCCCAGUUCCCGACGCUACCACAUCUCACAGCUCGAGUGUGCAAGGGCAAACUUCUUCUGUAAUCAAGCAAUCAGAUACUACAUCUCAUAGCUCGGGUGUGCAAGGAAAAAGUAGUACAUCGGAAUCAAAGGUCACGAGCAAAACUGCCGAGACUUCUACUAAGGGCAAACCGGAAACUCCUUCUCAAAGUACAAAGCUUGCAAGUACUUCUGAAAAAUUAAGCACUUCUACACGAGUACUUGAAACUGCUACAACAAGUAUCAAAUCAUCAGUCAGUGAAACUCCAAAGCAUAGCAGUUCAGUAGAGGGAGUAUCUACAUCGAUUAAGAUCUCAGAGGUCCAUUCAAGUAGCACUACCUCCUCCAAUCGAUCAGAAAAGACCGAGACUACAAAAACUGAAGGGGCCUCUCAUAUAUCCUCUUCAUUACCCAGUAAGUCUACAGGUGAAAGUUCUUCUACUACCAGUGAGAAGCAAUCGACGACUUCUCAUACAACAAAGCUUUCAAGCUCAGAGGUCAUUUCUAAAACGGAGACGGCAAAAGAAGUAACAGAGCCUACUACAUUACCUACAAGUAAGGUUCAGACUUCGAGUCAAAGUACUACAUCAGAAUCAUCAAAGUCACACUCCUCAAACACAUCUACAUCGACACAAAGGGAAUCAAGCACAAAAGCCACUUCCACUCCAACUUCUUUUUCUCGGCCUUCAUCAACAGAAAUGAAUACGAGUGUUAUCUCAGGUUGUACGGCAACCCUCUCGGUUGUCGGUCAAGUCUUACCAGUAUGCCCACAUACCAUCACUCUUGAUUCAUUCUUUUCCACUUCGAAAACAUCUGGUUCUGUUUCACCUACUAGUAUUAUAGUCUCGACGAGUGUUUCUGCUACUUCAAAAAUGGCUGAAACUACUAGUAAGACAUCUGAUGGUAAUCCAGCUACUUCCAACCCAGCUACUUCCAACCCAGCUACUUCCAAUCCAGCUACUUCCAAUCCAGCUGCUUCCAAUCCAGCUACUUCCAAUCCAGCUGCUUCCAAUCCAGCUACUUCCAACCCAGCUACUUCCAACCCAGCUACUUCCAAUUCAGUUAGCAAAUCGCCAGAUGCGCCUACUUUAUUUUCUCAAACCAGUGUACAAACAACCAACCCAGUUAGCAAGUCUCCGGAUACGUCUCUAUCGAUUUCUGCAACCAGUAAUCCAACAAAUCCUGUAUCUGUCCCAGGGAGUAAGCCGGCUGAUACUACAACUAAUAUCCCACCGCCAGGAUCUACGGUUCCUGGAUCCAUUGCAGUUUCUACUACUUCUAAUCCAGCUACGAGCAGAUCACCUGAUGCUCCUACUUCUAAUCCAGCAACCACUAAACUGCCCGAUGCUCCUACCUCGGUCUUAGCAAGUAGCGCACCGGUUGUACCAGCUACAACGAAGCCAUCUGAAUCUCCUGCUACUAGUGCAGGAACUACUAAAUCACCCGAUGCGGCCACUUCAAAUCCAAUAACUACAAAGUUACCUGACUCACCUAUUUCACCUACGACUAGUCCUGUGACUUCAAACACUAGUAAUGGCGGAGGAGAUGUUUCAAAUAUUGCCCCAACAACAUCGCCAACUACUAAAGCUCAGACUGAAACUGCCAAGGCGAUCUCAACUCCACAACCAACUUCAAAUCCCGUAUCUGUACCCGAAACAAAACCAACUGAUACUGCGACCAAUGUGACACCGACAGGAUCAACAGUCUCUCCAUCAAUUGCAUCACCGCCAGUAUCUAAUCCAGCUGGAACAACGAGUAAUGUACCGCUGCCAGGGACAACGAGUAACGUAUCACCACCGGUAACAACAAAUCCAGUAUCUACUCCUGGAACUAAGCCAGCUGAUAAUACUACAAACGCAUCACCACUAGGAUCUACAGUUCCUGGAUCGACGGCAACUCCACCUGUGUCUACAAACCCUGUAUCUGUUCCUGGAACAAAGCCAUCAGAUACAGCUCCAAUAAGCAAUCCAAUUAACACUGCAACUGGAAGUCUUGCAUCUCCACCUUCAUCUGCUGAAAAUACUGGAACUACUACUCCUGCUAUCGGAAUUCCAGUUGGACUACCGAGUGACAAAAGUACAGCUCUCCCAACCACUGGAACGAGUGAUAUAAUCGGUACCCAACCCGUAGCUAGUAAUCUUGGCAUCCAAACGGGCGGCACAGGAAAAUCACCCUUACCAUCUGACACCGCUUCCAUCAUUUCCAGCAUUCAAGUACCACCCACCGGCGUAAAGACAAAUCCCGAUGUAACCACUGCAAUUUCCAGCCCAACUAUAAUUCCCACAACCAUCAAGCCUUCACCAGGCCAAACCACUAUCGCUCCCGUUGUAUUCAAUUCCCUAACUCUCAGCCAAGGAAGUUCCAACUUCGUAGUCGGUUCACAAACCAUAAAACCCGGUUCCGAAGCCACUGUAAGUGGCGAACGUAUCUCCAUCGCUCCAUCCGGCUCCGCAAUCAUCAUAAAUGGCGUAACCACAAGCACUACGCCUACACCUACUCCAUCCAAUGGAGCCAAGGCCGUCUUGUCAACCACCACUGAGCCCCUUCCUGGUGUCGUUGUCGUCGGAACAUCUAGUGUAACAGCCGAUUUCACUAAAUCUGGUUUUGUCAUCGGAAGCGCCACUUUGACUCCCGGAGGUGCGAUUACGCAGGGAAGUACUAUUAUCACUCUCCCUCCUAGUAGUACUACUUCUCUCCCUUCAAAUGUCGUAGUAAUCGGAUCUUCGACCUAUACCAAAAAUUCCGCUUCUGGAGUUGUAAUCGGUAGUCAGACUCUGAAACCAGGUUCCGUUAUCACGGUCGAUGGAUCUACGGUUUCUUUAUCACCAACUGGAAAUGCGGUGGUGGUCAAUGCAAACAGUGGGUUUGUAACAAGUACUGCUUCUUUGCAAAGUGUAGUUCCAUUGAACAGUUUAGUCAUUGGGGGACAAACGCUUACGGCUGGAGGAACGGUGACGGAGGGUGGUGAUAUAUUGAGUUUGGCGGCGGGAGGAACGGGGAUUGUAGUCGUAGGGACUAUGACUGUGGGUGCUGGAGGUGCAACAGAAACGGCGAAGAAGAAGAGUGCGGGUGUGAGGAUGAGUCUUGGUGGGUGGGGAUUACUGUACUUACAGGUCUCUUUUGUGCUUUUGGGGUUGUUGAUGUGA